AACAAACACACAGUAUUUUGCAAUGCUCUUCUGUCACUUCCUCGUUUUCAAAACCUGAAGUGGCCGAAGUCUUUUCCCUUGUGCAUACAACCAGCCAGGAUUACCUGUGUGUUUAUUACAGUGUCUUCAGUGCAUUUACUCAAGUGUUCUUUCAAGCCACAGUGUAAAAUCUGAGAAACCCAGGCAUCGUCAUGGAAAUCUCAGUACCAUCCAUACUGCUGGGCUUGGGAGGGAAGAGUCUCCUUAACUGGACCUUGGUUCUGCUCCAGAAGAAACACAUGUUCUGGAGCUUUCUAGGAGUGUUCUCCUGUUCCCUGGCGUUGGUGGACUCUCUCCUGACCCUCAGUCUCUCUGUCCUCCACCUCCAAGGAGACCUUUGUGUCCUGGGUGUGCGGCUUACUAGACAUCACGUGUGCCUGUUGGUUCAAAUCUUUUCUUACACCUACGAUGCCCUGAACUGGCCAGUUCUGACAGCGUCUGCGUUGGACCACUUCUGGAUCCUUCUCCCUGGUCCGACAUCUGCGUCAAGGGGACUGAAGCUUUGUUACAUCACGGCCACCUGCCUUUUGUGGACUCUGGUCCUUCUCUAUGUUUUCUUGGUAUCGGGGUUCCGUCCUGUGUUUGGGAACGAGCCCCACCACCUGUUGCACCAGUGCUGGGUGCUAUCCAGCACUCAGAUGCCACAGGUUGCCAUGGUGCUCUUCCUGACUAUUGUGUGUGCGGUACUGCACAUGCUAACAGGGCUUCCCCUGUCAAAGAACCGGGCUUCAAAAGAAACCAAGACCGAUGCAAAGUCCAAAAAUGCUACAAUUGGCCAGUGUUUGUGGAUAUUUCUGAGUACCUGGGUUUGUUUCAUAUUGCUCCUGACUGUUAUCUUGAUGCUGCCUGACGGGAUACCUGCCUACCUGGGAUUGAACGUCGCCUGGCUGUGUUUCACCCGCAGUUUUAUUAUAGGUGUGUUUGUUUGGUGGUCAGCCCCACAGUUAGAGGAGUGUUCAGCCUUCAGUGACUAUUUCUGCGACUGGAGGUUAAGUUUCCUGACCGAUCAGGAAAACCCAUGAAGCCAUAAUGCAACACUCACAAACUCUUAAAAAGACCUGGGGCCUGUACUACGAAUCAAGGUUUGGCGUUAACGAGUUAACUUCAGGUUCAACCCAGGGUUUUCUGUAUUACGACGGUGGAUCACUUGUUACCGGGGUAGAUCGCCAUGCAGGUUAAGUUGUAGAUCAGAGAUCAACCGGUAUAAAAGCCCCGCCCACUAACUCAUUCUUGAUGAUAAUGACGUCACCGUUCAUAGAAGAUCCUGCGGAGCUUGGUGCGCGGAUAGUGAGAGGUGCGCUCAGAAGAGCCAGAACAUUUAGAGACCGACAAAUCCCUUUGGCAUUCCCUGAUGAGUAUCUUUAUGAAAGAUAUAGAUUCUCAGCUGAGGGAAUUACGUAUCUUUGCCAGCUUCUUGAGCUGUAUGUUGCCAAUGCUACACAUCGAAGCCGUGCGCUCAGUCCCACAGACUAUGCAUAGCGUUGCGUUAUUUCGCUACGCUACGGGUACUUUUAUGUAGUGUCAUGUUGAUAUGUUAUUCCUAUUCACUGGAGUGUCUCCCCUUAACCCCUUCCGUUGUCCUUGGUUUGCUUUGACCCAUUUUCUAAUUAUUUCCAUAUCCGAAAUUUGGGUUUCCUUCAACGAAAACAUUUCAAACCAAAAAGAACAAUGUGUAUGGUACCGUACAAUGCUCUUCACAAGUGAAAUAAAUGAUAAUUUCACUACUUUCAUUGAAUUUGGAUGUUUCAUUCACUUUUAUAGCAUUUUUCAAAAAGAAUAAAUAGGACAUUGAAAGAAAGAAAUGGUGAAAAACCCUGCAAAAGACUCAAAAUGCAUAACAAAAAAGCCACAAAAAGGUAUAAAAAGACCAAAACGUAGAAAAAAGUUUAACAAAUACAUCCUCGUGUUUUUUUAUUAAAAGGCUCUUAUACUCUAUAUCGAGCUCCAGGGUUCUUUUAUACAGGGCCCUCACAUUGUCUGCUCCAACCUGAAACAAAUAAAGAACAUUGUCUCUUUGCAAGGCACACUUGAAGGUGUCCCAUUUGACUACUGUGUUUCACGGUUAAUUGCUUAUACCUUGUGUCUUUGUCUUGGCCUUGAAGUGGAGGCCAUAGGCUCAGGGGGAGGAAGAAGAUCCUCUUCCUGCUGAGUUUAACACCAAAGCAAUUUAAUCAAUUGAGUCAUAUUUGAAAUGAGCACUUUAAGGACUUGUGGCUCAUUUUCAGACAACCACCAUUAGCUAGUCAUUACAGACACACGUUCACACACUCUCAUCAUCUGUGGUUCAAGUGGUAAAUAAAACUCAAAAGUGUACCCCCAAAAUGCUCUCUGAGCAGGCAGACACGUCUGUACAGUUUCCUGAUAAUCUAGGACCUCCACUUGACAAAGUAAAUGGCAUAUUUGAUCAAUAUUCAGCAACCACAUAUGGCAUACAUACUGGCGUAUGACUAUUAGUUUCACGACAGUGGGUGGUGGCAGCAAAACCACUGUAUUUCCUGUCAAUGCAGAGAACAGUAAUACAUUUCACUCCUAUAGGCCUAUUCAUAAAUAAUUUUUGAAUGAACAUGGUCACAUAGAUUACUUGAAACAUACAUAUGGCUGGGUUUCCGAGCUGCUGCCACCAGGGUCUGAAGAAAUGACCUGUUUUUCUAAUUUUUCUUCCUGUUGGCUGCAAGCAAUUGCCUAAUUUUUCUUCCUGUUGGCUGCAAGCAAUUUCAUUGUUCUAUAGGCCCUUUGUAUACCAAUAUCCUACAAAAGGGACAGACUCAGGCAAUUCAGCCUUGUACUUGUUGGCCUUAAAAUAUGUGCAAGUAUUGCCUACUGCUACUUACCAUUUUGAAUUAUGUGUAUUUUUUAUUUGCUCCCACGAUCGUUUGCCACUGCAAGGGUUGCAACUUAAAUAAUACAGCAACAAAAGUUUAACGUUAUGGAACGCACAAGUGUAAUUAUGGUCACAUCUUGUGCCUGGGGCAGUGAUAUCAAUAAGUCAUGAAUCUUACGCAUUUACAGCGUCUGUUAUUUUCUGCCAGCUUGGCAGCAGCGACUUUGUUGAUUUGUGCCUGUAUUAUAUGUCUGUAUUCCUGAUAUGUUUGUAUUACAAUAUUUCACGCAGGAGAAGUAGACAAAGUUUGUAAGAUUAUUGUCUGCUCCUGCGUGAAAUAUGCGGCUCUUGUUUUUCUCAUGUUUGCGAUUGGACAUACGGUGCAAACACCGCCCCUUUAUGUGAACGCGCAUGUCUCUAGAUUGGAAAGAUCCGGGAUUGAGUUAGAGUUGAUAACCGCUGUCGUGAUACCGUUUAUCGUGAUUGCGAUUGUUAGGCUUCGUGUAGCCGGGUAACAAAGUAAUCCAGAGCAUGUUGAUCUUGAUUCGUAUUACAGGCUCCUGGACAUGGUGUUUGUGUUGACACAGGCUUCCACAAAAAAAAAAAAAAUGCCCUCGCAGAAUGGUGACGCUGUUAUGGUGACACUAACUUAAAAGUGAAUGACUCCUGAAAAGGACUCCUGAGAGUGAAUGACUCCUCAGAGUGAAUAACUCCUGAAAAUGAUUCCUGAGGGUGAAUGACUCCUGAGAGUGAAUGACUCACCCUCCUAAACUUGUAAUAAAAGAAACAGAAAACACCAGUUUGACACUACAGAACUUUACUUGAAUUUGAUCCAAGUUCAUUGUCUAUACAGGGUAUAUACAAUAUCUGAAAUCAGGGGGAGGGGUGGAAAAUAACUGACAAAACAAAACACUAGAUACAACUGAGGUAUUAGCUAAAAGCAUUUACAGGUAUGUUGUUUACUAGUAAAUAUCAAUUAUGAUGAACGGUUAGAGAUGCAGUGUCUUCUGCUUAAAAAACAUAUUUUAUAUCACAACAUGAGGUAGGAGAACAGUGUCUCGUUUCAUGCAAGAACAAACUUCUCAUUACACUGUAUUAUUGGCAACAUAGUAUGCAAUGGUCAUUCACAGACACUGUUUCUUGUUUCAGAAUAGCAUUGAGAAAAAUAAAGUUUGAAUCAUUAAACAAAGCCAUAAAUAUUGUAUCUUUCUAAUAUAAUGUGUAAGGUGUACAAAUUGAUUAACAUGGUGUGCCUAUCUCGAGUAACAAGUCAAACCUUAUGUUAGAAAUCAUAUCACAGUUGUAGCCUACACCCUAGUCCUCUACACUGUUAUAUCAUAAUGCUGCUUGUCAACCUAAACGCAACAAAGCAUAAAUGGAUCCCUUCAACAGUUAGGAAUCCUGCUUGUUUUUGAUGAGCCCUAAAUACGUUUGAUUAUUAUUCUUAUUUUUUUUUUUUAUAUCAAGGGCACAACUCUUGGGUAUGCUACUUCUGUAUGCGAAUGCUAGGAACUGUACACUUCAAGGUAGGCCAGAACAAGUCCUUAAAAGUGAGUUGGGCAAACUGCACACCAAUAAAAAAAAUCUGUACAAAGCAUAUCUAACUUGUCA